AUGACGGUCGUGAUCAAGUGUAGCCUCGAUUUUAAGCACAAGAGGAUAACAUAUUUGAACAGGGAUUACGUCAAUUUAGAUAAUUUAAAAUUAAAAUUACAGCAGGCUUAUUCUUUAGGCAAGGAUAGCUUUAGUGUCGUCUAUAUAGACGAUGAUGGCAUAUACACUACCCUGCGAACAGACGACGAUCUCGAUGAGUGUUUAGAGUAUUUUGGUAGUGAUGAUGGAAAUAUUACCUUGAAUUUAGAAAUCCUAGUUGAUUACGAUGGUCCUAGCUUAUCUGAUACGAACUCUAUCAAUACGAGCGCAUACAACUCCUCUGAUAGCUCAGAAUCUAUAAAGUAUGGCGUGAAAGACGCUGACAAUUGUUCGAUUUCAUUAUCACAAUCUUCCUCUGAGAAAUCAUCAAAGAAGUCAUUCAGUUUGCGUUCCAGUUUGUCAAAGCUAUCGAUAAAGUACAAAGAACAAGGCAAAAAGCUGGCAGGAAAACCAAAGAACAGUAAAGCAUCCUCCUCAAACCAUAACACCAAUAUAGACACCUUCUCAGACUCACCCACACAUCGUCAGCAUGGGAAUGAUGAGGAUGAUACAAUCUCAGAAGCCACUCAUAACCCAUUCAAACCAUCAGAGAGCACUCCCAGUUUGAAUUCAUCUAUUGGUCUAUCGAAUAAGUUGGAAUUAGCUGAUGAAUCUGAUGGUCCGGAUAGAGGUGAUCUCGCAGCUAGGUGGUUUGCUGACCAAUCAGAACGAGCAUUACUUGCAACAUUUGGAACACAACUAGCUCCAUCUGAAACUACGGCCACAUCGGACGAUUACGCUAGCAGUUUCGAUAGUGACGCCGUAGCACUUGAAUUGGAACAAGAUGGGAAGGGUUCGUAUAGAUAUACCCUAACGGGUUCAAUGGACGGAAUGUUUAUCAAUAACGAUGAGCCAUUCUGUAGCAGUUGCAACAAACCACUAGAUAAUCUCCGAUAUAUUUGCACCAGCUGCGGCGUAUCCAGUUGCGAAUUCUGUCCAGAAUGCAUCGAAGGUGCAGGCGCGGUACACGCUAUAGAGAACACACCAAAGCAUGCGUUUAGGGAGUGUCUCCGGAGUGAUCAAGGGUGGAUAAACGUCGAUUAUGGUAAUGACCGCAGUUGCUCAAUCUGCAAGAGCGUCCUUGCUGUAGACUUCAAAUGCGUGAGUUGCCAAUCACUCAAUUUGUGCAGGAGAUGCUGGAGCAGCGUUAGAGAUAUACAUCCAUCGCACGCUUUCUUGGAAUUACCACCUUCAGAUACGGACUUCAGUAAUCAUCAACUUCGUCAAAAGCGAUCUGUGGCCUCUAAUGCUCAAAUUAGAGAGUCUUAUUCGAAACUACAGUCGCGUUCUCAGAUUGCGGGCACCUCGAGUGGUUCACUGCCAACCACUAAUCGAACUAAUGGAAACGAGCAGCAUAAUCGUAAACACCAAAAUGUGUUUUGUCAUAAUUGUUUAGGAGAUAUAGUCGGUCCAAGAUUCCACUGCGCAGUUUGUGCGAUCUACGAUUUAUGUCAGGACUGCGAGAGUCUAGGUGCAGCUAAUGGAAAUGGACAUGAUGGAACACACAUCAUGAUGAAGAUACCAGUACCAUUAUCUAAUGAUGAAGUACAACAAGUUUCCGCACGCGCUAGAAGAAUGUGGGAUAAUGACCGUAAUGACACACCAACUUCACAGACUGAUAACGAACAACUACGUAAUCUGCAGCCAAGGAGGAGAGCUUCAAAGAGGAGGCCUGUAAAUCAUGGCGUUCAAUGUAAUGGAUGCGUUAACAAUAUCAUAAAAGAAAGAUACGCUUGCUUGCAUUGCGCUGGAGCAUACAACCUUUGCGGAGAAUGCGAGAAUAUGUCGUAUAUUCUUCACGACCCAUUUCAUAUUUUCCUCAAACUUGAGCAAAAAUUGAAAGAACCUGGAUUAAAGGAAAUGGGGGAUGCUUUGCCAAUACUAUACAAGAUUCCAGCUGGUAAUCCAUCGAAUAGUUUACACGUAUCACCUUUGCCUUCAACGUUGGGCGGACCUAACGAGUAUUUGUCUACAAUUAAACAUCAAAAGGUCGUUUGCGAUAGGUGCAUGGAACCAGUAUUAGGUAAAUGGUUCAGAUGUGUGAAUCUAGCUGGUAGCUACGACCUUUGUUCAACAUGUGAACCGAAUGACAGUCAUAAAGAAGAACAUAUUUACCUCGUCAUUAAAAGUAUAGUCGAUAUGGAAUUGUUUGGUGAUGUCGCACAAAUUGGUAGUAUACAAGGUAAAGCCCUACUACCUGGAUUGAGUUACGCGACGUGAAUAAAGGAAAACUAAUAAUACAAUAACUUUAUAGUAGAAGCUAUAAAGAGACUUUAGGAGCGUUGUCGUUUCGCCUCUUCGUUUAUAUCACUCGAUGAGAUAAUAUCAUCAAUCGAGCGCUUAGAAUUGUUAACAGUUGGUUGUACUUGUAAAGAAUAGUGUAAUUGUUCUUGCUCGAAUGGGUUCAUUGUAUUGUGUGGUUUCUCAGGCUCCUGAUUGAGUAUAUGCGCGAAACGGUCGUGUUGUAUCGUGUUAACUGGCAAUUGUUCUGCUUCAUUUCUCAGGUAUUGUGGAUC